AUGCGGGGGCCAGGUCGUGCCACCACCACUCUCCACUGGCCAACCAGUUGGUUGCCACGUUCGCACUUGCCGUACCGUCAAGCCUGCUCAUCGAAGUCCCUGCCCAUUGACUACUCCAGUUGGCGCUUGACAGAGGGGAAUUUCAAGCUCACACUCAUGAAUCUCGUGCAACAGCAGUUGCCCCCCGACCAACCUACUCAGCAAAAUUUACAUCACGUUCAGGUGCCACGACCCCCUGAUUCUCAAAACACCCAAUCCGAUCGUCAGCAAAAUAUCGCCCCACUUCAGCAGCCCUCACCUCAAAAUGUUCAGCAACAACAACAACCCGUUUCCCACCAAAAGCUUAAUGAACCAAAUGGAAAACAAGUACUUGACCAACCUCAGAACGUUCAGCAACAACCUGGCGCCGUCCCAGUUCAGCAAUUGAAUGCCGCACCACCGCAGCAGUUCAAUGUACCUCCAGGUCAACAGAUGCCUGAUCAGUCGAACUCUGUUCCGUUGCAGCAGUUUAAUGUGCCGGCGCAGCAAAUGGCUCAACAGCAGCCACCCGUGGUACAGCAACAACCAGGCACGGCGCCUCAACAACAGCGACUAGAUGUGACCCCUCAACAGCAGCAACAGAGUAACGUACCACCUGCUCAACCAGUUCCAGGUCUGAAGCAGACUGGCGUUCCAUUACAACAGCCAAGUGUUCAGCAGGUACCUCAGCAGGUUCCUGUGGCACAGCAACACCAGCAACCCUCUGCGCAAUCUCCACCAGUUGCAAACCAUCAGAUCCCUCCUGCCCAAUCUCCUCCAGCACCUUCCCACGUGCACAAUGAACCGCCCCCCAGGAGCUACGAGCGUCAUACUCACGAUUCUCUGCCUCCCAAACCCAGACAGAUGAAGUUCGAGCCACCGACUAUCCUUCACCAGGACUCAGAACUGGACUUCUACUCACGUUUACCCUCCCCUCCGAAAUCCGACCCUGAUGUUUUCAGAAAUGUGGAUGCGCUCAGGCCUUUCCUCUCUCUCACUGUCAACGUGACACCAGCGGUGAAGGACUGUUACUUCUACGAGGCAGUGGCGGGAUUUGAAGUUGACAUUCAGGUGCUUGGCGGAGAUGGAAUGGACAUUGGGCUCGCUGUGUUUGAUCCCUCCGGCGCUCCGGUUAUUUUACGCGAUCCUGCCGGAGAGGCUAGUGUAUCGAUCGCAGUCCUCCCUCAAUAUCAGGGCAGGGCUUAUGCUGUCUGCCUGGACAAUCGGAAAGCGAGCUAUGGUCGCAAAAAGGUCUACCUCGGCAUCGAUUUGCGUAUCAAUUGGGACAAUCCCAGCCCGGCUGAGCAGGAGGUAAUUAAUCAGAUGAAAAAAGGCUUGAGGAUCGGAGACAAUUCUAUGGAGAUGCGCAGGGUGUUUGAUAACUUCGACCGUUUGACGGACUCACUGGAUCGAAUCAGCGGGUUGCUGCACCGUACCCAGCGCUUGCAGCAACGCUCGCGUAACAACGCGGCUAUGGAUCGGGCCAUGAUGGAGGCGAAUAAGGACCGCGUGACCUCAUGGUCUACCUUCCAGGUGGUCCUCCUCAUCCUUGUGGGCGUCAUCCAAACUCGUCUCAUCCGCAGUCUAUUUGACGAGCAGAGCAGCCUCUACCGCCUCUGGGUGCAUAAUGGGGGUAGCAGGAGUGGUGGCGGCUCAAGUGACUACAAUAUGGCAGCAAGUGAGGCUGCGACAUCGGGACCACCGGCGAGCGACCUAAGUGAUCCAGUCGAGAAGGCAGCCUGGCAGACGGCUAAUCAGGCAGCGGAGAAGAUCUCCUCCCUCUAUUAUCGCUCUUUUGACAAACAGGGUCGUCUUGACUUACCCACCUUCUUUGUUGAAUCGGUUACUCUCAUUUGGAAUGGCAACCAAGUUGUGGGUCGGCAGGCUGUAGUCGAGUUUCUGACCACCAAAUUGCCCAAGAGCCAGACUACGGUACACACCAUCUCCGCCCAACCUGUACAAAAAGUACUGAGUGGCGAUAACACCGUCGUAAUGGUAAACACUCUUGGGUCGAUGAAAUUUGAAGGGAACCCUGCGAAGAUGUUUGCUGAAACCUUCUUUCUCAUCAAGGACGGGAAUCUCUGGCGCAUUCAGUCGGCCACGUUCCGAUUCAUCGAGUGA